AUGAAAUACACUUUAGAAGACCAAGUCGUGCUAAUCACUGGUGGCUCGCAAGGUCUGGGGAAAGAAUUUGCGAAAAAAUACUACAAUGAGGCUGAAAACACAAAAAUCAUUGUCGUCAGUAGGUCGGAGGCCAAAUUGCUCGAUACAUGCAAUGAGAUUAGGCUUGAAGCUCACUUGAGAAAGGAGACUAUAGACGAGGGCCAGGUGCAACACAAAUUGGCCGCGCCAUUGGACCCUGAGCAGCGGUUGUUUUACUACCCAUGCGACUUGUCUUGCUACGAGUCCGUGGAAUGCUUGUUCGACGUCUUGAGGGACCUGGAUUUGCUUCCCACGCAAACGUUAUGCUGCGCAGGUGGGUCUGUUCCCAAGCUAUUCCGUGGGUUAAGCGGAAAUGAAUUGAGCCAAGGCAUGGACAUUAACUAUAAGACAACUUUGAACGUGGCUCACCAGGUGGCUCUUGCUGAACAAACCAGGGAGCACCACCUCAUCAUAUUUUCGAGUGUCACCGCCCUAUACCCCUUUGUAGGCUAUUCUCAGUAUGCCCCCGCAAAAGCUGCUAUGAAAUCACUCGUAGCGAUACUGAGACAAGAACUAACAAACUUCCGUAUCAGUUGUGUUUACCCCGGGAACUUCGAGAGCGAAGGCUUCACUCUGGAACAGGUAACCAAACCGGAAAUCACGAAGUUGAUAGAAGGCCCUUCUGACGCCAUUCCAUGUAAGCAAGCAUGUGAUAUUAUUGCCAAGUCAUUGGCCGGAGGCCACGAUGAUGUCUUUACAGAUUUCGUCGGGUGGAUGAUAAUGGGAAUGGACCUGGGGCUUACCGUCAAGAAAAGUCGCUUUGUCGCGUUGCAAUGGGUUUUCGGUGUCCUAUCGAACAUCUUGGUCGUGCCCUUCUACAUGUUCGGCUGUUCCUGGUAUAUCAGAAAAUGGUUCCGUGAAAACGAUGGCAAGAAGGCCAAUUGA